GCGCGGGGGAGGCGUGGGCGGGGUGGGGCAGGUGGGCUACGCGUCCGGAGACCCUCCGGCGCCAACCUGCGGCGACUCGGCCCCGCUGGAGGAGGGGUGCUGGGGUGAGCGUCGGUCCUCCGCCGUAGCACCCCGCUUUCCGGGCUCUCGGCGAAGCCUCCCCUCCAGGGAGGGAGCCCGUUGGUCACAGGCCCGCGCGUGUGUUGGCGGUUCGGUGUCCCAGUCUCCUGUGUAGCGCCGAGAGCAGCUGUGGAGGUGGCACGCGGCUGCAGGUGCUGAAGAGGCAGAAUGCGUGCCGGCCGCCACUCUCUCCGUGACUUCCAGAGGCUUUUAGUUUAGAGUCCCUCAAUGUAACGCUCCCAGACGGCGUCCGAACUCAUGGCCUCAACCUUUCCCGCCGCCCAGGUCUCGACCCUAGAUUCUCCCCCGGCGCAGGAUCAUCUGGGUCUGCUGCUCCUUCUCGGCACCCGGACCCCUGCCCCCGGCCUCUUGACCACGCAGCACUGUGGUCCAAAUGUCUGCAAAAUUGAGAAAGUCCUCACUCUGUCCACAACCUUCAGAGCAGUCUGACAGCAUUGUGAUAGUGAAGAUGGAAGAGGAAGAGCAGAUCUGUGAUCUGGACUCCAGCCUCCCCUGGAGCACCUCCUGCAGCCCAGAGACCUUCCACCAGCAGUUCAGGCACUUUGGCUACCAGGAGUCGCCUGGGCCCCGGGAGGCUCUGAACCGGCUCCGGGAGCUUUGCCAUCAGUGGCUGAGGCCCGAGGUGAACUCCAAGGAGCAGAUCCUGGAGCUGCUGGUGCUGGAGCAGUUCCUGGCCAUCCUGCCUGAGGAGCUGCAGGCCUGGCUGCGAGAGCACCGGCCCGAGAACGGAGAGCAAGCCGUGACUAUGCUGGAGGAGCUGGAGAAAGAGCUUGACGGGCCAACUGAGCAGGUGUUUUUUGGACAAAAUGAGGACAUGCUUGCAGAGAAGUUGUCACCUUGGGAAAUUCAUCGGGAAUCACCAAAUAGCCAGAUCAAGCCCAUUAAGAAGCAGCUGCCAAUAACAUCACGGGAGUUUCACUCAAGACAAAAAGCUAAAGAGAGCAAAACUAUCAAUGUGAAUUCAGCUUCGAGGCAAAAGACUCCUCCAACCAUACAACUGCCUUACAAUAUUUCUGACACCCUUCAUAUGAAUGCUUCCCAGAGUUUCACGUAUAGAAGAGCUUGUGAACAAGAUAGUGGGUUUGAAAGAAAACAGAGAAACCCUUCUGGAAAAAAACAACAUAAGUGUGAUGAAUGUGGCAAAGUCUUCAGUCAGAGCUCAGCCCUUAUCCUACAUCAUAGAAUCCACAGCGGAGAGAAACCUUAUGCAUGUGAUGUGUGUGCAAAGGCUUUCAGCCGAAGUGCAGUCCUGAUUCAGCAUCGAAGAACUCACACUGGGGAAAAACCCUACAAGUGUCAUGAAUGUGGGAAAGCCUUUAGUCAAAGCUCAAAUCUUCUCAGACAUAGGAAAAGACACACUAAAGAAAAAGUCCCAUCAGGGUUGCAGAACUCUGGGCUAUUCGAGGAGAGGCGCCAGGCCAAGCGCAGUCUCAAAGCGGUCAUUGUCGUCGCACCGCCCCUCCCCCGCCCGGAGCCCAUCUCCAUGGCAACGCGGGGCUUCGCCUCUCCCCGCCUCCUGGGACCCGCAGACCGGAAGCAGUCCGUGCCGGGGGCUUCUGGGAAACGGCUUGUGAGCGGCGUUUCUGCGUCUGCUUUGGACAGCGAAGCUGCUGCGGAUCCCGAGUCGGAGACAGAAAAGAAGCCUGGCGGGAUCUUCCUCGGCUUGCCGGGAGGCGCGGACAGGCCGCUGUCUCCGUAUACAGCAGUUGGGGGGCUGGUAGAGGUAGAUGGAAAGCCGGAUUGGGCUUUCAGUACCAUCGGAGAGUCCUCCAUCCCCUGUGUCCUCCGCGACCCUCGCCUUUCCCCCCUCCCCCCUCGGCCGGUUUUGUUCUAUUUCGAGGCCUGGCGUCUCGCGGAGGGUUCUGGGACUCAUUUUGGGCGGAGGUGGGAGGGGGCGGGCCUUGCGCGGGGGCUGUCGGGGCUUGUAGUUCCGCCGGACGCAGGCGGAAGUACCGUGGCCCCGACGUUGUUGGGGCAGUGUGGCCUUCGGUCAUCCGAAAUCCGCCGAGGCCCUGACGUGGUUGGGGCAGUGUGGCCUUCCGUCAUCCGAAAUCCGCCGUUGCUAGUGCGGCGAAGAGGGGCUGGGGGACGUCGGGGCGGGGUUUGCAGCGGAACUCUGCCGGAGAUGUCUGCACAGUCCGUGGAAGAAGAUUCGAUACUUAUAAUCCCAAAUCCAGAUGAAGAGGAAAAAAUACUGAGAGUGAAGUUGGAGGAGGAUCCUGAUGGUGAAGAGGGAUCGAGCAUCCCCUGGAACCAUCUUCCUGAUCCAGAGGUUUUCAGACAGCGAUUCAGGCAGUUUGGAUACCAGGAUUCACCUGGGCCCCGUGAAGCUGUGAGCCAGCUUCGAGAACUUUGCCGUCUAUGGCUCAGGCCAGAGACACACACAAAAGAACAAAUCUUGGAGCUGGUAGUGCUGGAGCAGUUUGUUGCCAUCCUGCCCAAGGAACUGCAGACCUGGGUUCGAGAGCAUCAUCCGGAGAACGGAGAGGAGGCAGUGACAGUGCUGGAGGAUUUAGAGAGUGAGCUAGAUGACCCUGGACAGCCGGUUUCUCUCCGUCGACGAAAACGGGAAGUUCUAGUAGAGGAGAUAGUAUCUCAAGAAGAAGCUCAGGGAUUACCAAAUUCUGAGCUGGAUGCUGUGGAGAACCAGCUCAAGUGGGCAUCCUGGGAGCUCCAUUCCUUAAGGCACUGUGGUGAACUCAAGGCCGAGGCGCUGACCGGAUACCCAAAGCACACUAGGCCAAGGAACCACCGAGCCCAGGAGCGGCGCCUGGGGGCGAUCCCGGCGGCCCAGACUCUCCAAGGACACAAGAAAACACACAGGGCUCCCUGGUGGCGCUGCAAGAACAGUGGCAUGCCUCCAAAUAAUUUGGAAGCCUUGUCAAAAUACUUUUUAUUGGACCUCACCCUCAGAGUUUACCACUCAGUCCCCAGCAGAGACGCACUCCUCCCGGCCUCGCACCCCUCUUCCCAAGCCUCCGCGCGGCGCGCCCGCCACCGAGCUGCAAACAUGCAGUCCUCCCGGCUUCCUAGAGGGGUGCGCCCAAUCCCACUUCCGGCGCGCGCCGCCCGAGGCCGUUCUGCUCCCGCCUUGGGGUCUGUCCCGCAGCCCGCCGAGCGAAGGACUUUCAUUCCCUCCCUGCCUCAACUGAGCGGCAUUUUCAGACUGUCUCUGCCAAGAAUGUCAGGAAAAACUGCAGCCUUGGCCUACCAUGCUUCGAAAGAACAAGAAGGACUUAUAGUUGUGAAGGUUGAAGAAGAGAAUUAUGUUUGUGGGCAGGACUUUGGCCUUCAGGGAGACACCUGUGGCCUGGAGACCUUCCGCCAGCAGUUCAGGCACUUUGGUUACUCUGACUCCUCUGGGCCCCGGGAGGCUCUGAACCGGCUCCAGGAGCUUUGCCAUCAGUGGCUGAGGCCCGAGGUGAACUCCAAGGAGCAGAUCCUGGAGCUGCUGGUGCUGGAGCAGUUCCUGGCCAUCCUGCCUGAGGAGCUGCAGGCCUGGCUGCGAGAGCACCGGCCCAAGAACGGAGAGCAAGCCGUGACUAUGCUGGAGGAGCUGGAGAAAGAACUUGAUGAACCAAGGCAACAGGACACGGCUCAUGGCCAAGGAAUGAUCUGGAAGGAAAUGACAUCCAUAGGAGCACUGAAGUCUCUGAGUAUACAGCUCCAGCCCUUGGAGAACCAGUGCAAGAGUGAGACUCAAGAGUCCCAGGCUUCCCACGAGGGAGAUGGCAAGCUGGUGGGUGAUGAAGUAUUAACAACAAAGCAAGAAAUUUUUGAAUGUGUAGCAUCAGCAGCCAUGAUAUCCCCAGGAAGACUCCCUGGGGAAACUCCUUCAGGACAGAUAGUUGAAGAAGCUUUGGGAGGCCUGCACAUCUUUGAGAAGCCAAAAGGAACAGUUGCAAGGAACAAAAUGAGUCAGCUCCCUUCUCAGGAAAGACAUCUUAGUCUGGCGGUCUUCAACAAGAAAAUCUCCACAGAAGAGAGUGUCCUUGGAUGUAACGAAAGUGAAAGGACUCUCAGUGUGAACUCAAAUGUUGUAACACGACAGAGAGUUCACGCUGGGGGAAAGGUCUACGAGUGCUUGGACUGUGGGAAAGCCUUUUGCCAGAGCUCAAAGCUGAUUAGACAUCAGAGAAUUCAUACUGGGGAGAGGCCUUAUGCAUGUAAAGAGUGUGGCAAAGCUUUUAGUUUGAGUUCAGACCUUGUUAGACAUCAGAGAAUUCAUAGUGGUGAAAAACCCUAUGAAUGCUGUGAAUGUGGAAAAGCUUUCAGGGGCAGCUCAGAGCUCAUUAGGCAUCGGAGAAUUCACACUGGAGAGAAGCCUUAUGAAUGUGGUGAAUGUGGGAAAGCCUUCAGCCGGAGCUCAGCCCUCAUUCAGCAUAAGAAAAUUCACACUGGAGACAAAGGUUAUGAAUGUACUGAAUGUGGUAAGGCUUUUGGUAGAAGCUCUAUCCUUAUUGAACAUCAAAGAAUUCAUACUGGAGAAAAACCUUAUGAAUGUAAUGAAUGUGGAAAAUCCUUCAAUCAGAGCUCAGCCCUCACACAGCACCAGAGAAUCCAUACUGGGGAAAAGCCUUACGAAUGUAAUGAAUGUAGGAAAACAUUUAGGCAUAGGUCAGGCCUUAUGCAGCACCAGAGAACUCACACCAGAGUUUAAGUCUUGGGUAAGAGUUGUAUACUUGUGUCAUACUAGGGAUUCGCUUUGGGGUGAGACUGCACGAAAGUUAGACGUUUCCUAAGAGCAGAGUUUCUGUCCUUCUUGUCUGAGUCAGUACUUACUGUACGAGCAGAUCCACACAAAUAUGGUUGUUGACGUGUUGAAUGAGCACUUACACAGUAAGGCCAGGAUUGGGGCAGAGAUCCUGAAAGAGCUUCUUACAUGAUGGACUGAAAGGUGGUGCUUUCAAUGGCAAGGAUCUCUGCCCAGCAAGAACAUCGUGCAUUUGGCAGUUGGAGGCAUGUGCUGAGAGUCAUUCAGUUCUCUGAGGUGUUGAAUUGUGAGGUUGUGAAAUGUUGAAUUCUGUCCUGGAUCAGUUUAUAGCUCAUUCUGCCCCCUUGCCAGUUCUCUCCUCAGCCCUGAGCUUCCAGAAGUCAGUUGAGGUUUGUUUAUUUAUUGAGCACCUGCUAUGUGCCAGCCAUUGGGGGCAGACAUGGCCAUUGCCCUCCCAGAGUUAAGGGCUAAUGGGAUACAUAUAUAUUUAUUAAACAGGUAAUUACAGUAAAGUGUGAUAAGUUCUUUGGUAGGAUAAAUCUUGGAUUCUGUCAAAAUACAAGGGGGGCACCUAACCUGGUUUAGGAGUCACUUAAGCUUCCUGGAGGUGAUGAAAUCUCUGUUGAGGAAUAAAGGGUGUGUACAAAUUAGAUCAAGGCAAGAGGGAAGAGAACAUUAUAGGCAAAGGUUAUAGCACAUACAAAGGUAUGGAGAGAGGAUCUAUAGAGGUCUCUUGAUCAGGAUUCCUUUCAAGCAGGAAUUUCUUCUCGUAGACCCUGGUUCAGAGGACAUGUGUUGAUUCCUCUCUUUCUGUUUAUAAUCACAGAUUUGGGUAGCCUAUCCCGGACCCAGAGUGACCUAAGAGACCUUGAGGUACUCGGAACAGUCAGUGUGAUGGUAGACUUUGGCGCAUCGUAUGGAAAAAGGCAUGUAGGUA